AUGAAGCACUUCCUCGUUGUCGGAAUUGGAGGAGGAGUGCCCUCGUAUGGUCAAGGCCAGCGAGAGCAUAUUGUAUUAGGGGAUGUGGUCGUCGGCGUCAUGCAAAGGGGGGAAGGGGGAGUAGCCUACUUCGAAUCCGGAGCAUGGGAACAAUGGGGACUCACACAAAGUUCUCACACGCUUCACCCGUCCGUGGUACUGCGCGGAGCAGUAAACAAUCUCAGAUCUCAAUAUAUAGGGCGUGCGGGGAGUAACAUUCCACAAACUCUAAGCCGGCUGCGAGAGAACCUGGCAGAUCAGGAACAAGUCGAGUAUAGUGAUCCUGGACCAGAUCACGAUUAUCUUUUUGCCGACAACUAUCACCAUGCCGACCCAGCCAAGUUGUGUGACAGCUGUUGCGACUUUUCUAAAGCAAAGCUACGACAUCAGCGAGAUACGAAUCUUAAACGCGAAAAGGAUAUGCCACAAAUUCACUAUGGCACCAUUGGAUCUUCCAACGCACUCAUCAUAGAUUCUGGAAAGAGAAAUAGCCUAUUCAAGCAGCUUAACAUCAUGUGUUUCGAGAUGGAAUCUGGUGGUGUCGUGGCUGAUCAUCAAGCACUGGUGAUCCGAGGUAUCUGCGAUUAUGCAGAUGCACAGAAUAAGCGGUGGCAAAAGUACGCCGCUGCUACGGCAGCCGCAUAUGCAAAGGAAGUCUUGUCAAUGAUUUCACCAGUCGAAAUCACUACAGAUUAUUCAUAUCAAACAGGUAAUGCUCCAAUGAAUAGGACUUGGGCUGCAGAUGUGUCCGAAAGAGACCAUCAACUUGUUCCUGGCAGCGGCGCCAAACGCCAGUCUGCGGCCUCUGAGACGCAGAAAUCCAUUUCUCCAGGAUCGCCGAAGCCAGUCAAGGGCAUAUCAUUUGUUUUGGAAAUGACCUCGAGCGUUUUUGGAUUUCUUGACUAUGGGUCCGAACUUAUUGACCGCUACUUCGAUGACUACUUUCCCGUUAAGCGCCAUCCCCUUCACGAUACAGACCUGGAAAAAAACUGUCAAAUGCUCAUAGAUAUCACCACAGCCGCAUGUACUAAGCUUGCAGAUCUGCAACGAGGAUAUCCACAGCAUAUAAAGCCCCUCCGAUAUCUUGUUGUCGACAUAUGGACGAAGCAAAACACGGAACAUUGGGAGCUAAUGGUGAAUAAGAUUCGCCACCAGGUUCUCUUGAUUGUUCUUAUUUGCAUCUGGGAGGAACCAAGGAAACCUCGCAAUCAGGUGGAGGCUACAACGAAAGAUGGGACAGCAUCCUUGAAGGCAGAACAACAAAUUGCAGCUGACAUGAAUUCGAUUCGCAACGAGUUGAAGGUUAUGUCGGCGGGCAAAGGGUUUGAGAGCGCUUCCACACAGGAGGAGAUAGCAAAUUUGCUUUGGGCCAGCCUCCGACUAAUUGAUACUGAUCUUCUACUCGGUAAAUUUCCCACUCUCUCGUCUUCACCCUUUGGAUCUCAGCAAGCCAUGAAGAGUGCGCCGAGCUUUAUACCAAGACCGACUCCAGAGCAAAUCUCGAAAAAGAUUCUGAAAAGCCUCGAAUUCGAAGAAAUGACGUAUCGUGAGGAAACAAUCCCACAUCAAUACCCAGAGACAUUCACGUGGCUUUUUGCAGGUGAAAAGAAUACACAGGAUCAGCCCGAAGAGGCACAAACAUUCGUCCAGUGGCUGCAGUCUGAAAAUGAUCACGCGUUUUGGAUAACAGGUAAACCAGCAUCGGGCAAGAGCACCUUGAUGAAGUUUAUCUCACAGCACAAGCAACUGCAGACACAUCUUUCGCUUUGGGCGGGUGAUAAGCAACCCCUUAUUGCUACCACUUAUUUUUGGAAGCCGGGCUCAAAGGAGCAGAAAUCACUCAACGGGCUUCUGAGAUCACUUUUGUGUCAAUGUUUGAAGAUGCGGCCGGAUCGUUGUCAACUCUUCCCCCCAAGUAGGUGGGUGUUUCACUACUUGAUGGGUCUAGAUAGUGCGUCACCGAUGUGGGAAUCGACAGAACUUCGAGGCUGCCUUGAAAGGUUCUUGUCCAAGACCAAAGACAAAAACCGACAAGUUCUCCUCAUCGAUGGUCUCGAUGAGUUUGAUGACGAUUUUCAACAGGACUUGGUUGCACUUUUGAAAAAGAUCCAGGAUUGUCAUAGUACGAAAAUUUGUGUGGCAAGCAGAGAUUGGAAUCUUUUUCGGGACGCGUUCCAUCAGGGCCCAUCACUCAGAAUGGACGUCCUAACUAGAAGAGAUAUUGAUAUCUACGUUGAGAAACGUCUUGAGACCAGUCAAGCAUUUUUAGAGUUACAGAAACUCCACUCAGAAAACAUUAGGGCUCUGUUAGCCGAAAUAAGAGCAAAAGCCAAUGGUGUGUUCUUAUGGGUCGUCCUUGUCGUUGAGCAGCUCUUGCUGAUCGCUCGAGACGACCCGCGCCUCGAAACGAUCCGGAAGGUGCUCAAUGCCUUGCCGCCUGACCUAGAAAGAUUGUACAAUCAGAUACAGACUUCUCUGACUCCAGAGCAGAAAAGUACCGCGUCUAAGAUAUAUCAACUGGUAAUGGGGUGGAAGAGACUCUGGGGUGUCAAGAUGGAGACCACCUUCCUCUGGCUGACCUUAAAUCUGAACGAACGCUACGACGAGUUUGAUGUCACCUCUCUCAUGACAAGACUCUUAGCAACCUAUACUAAGGGAAUCGUACAAGUCGGCAGCUCCUCUCGCGCUGUGGAUUUCAUCCAUCGCACAGCCUUUGACUGGCUUCGCAUGGAAAGCAACUGGGCGACGAUCUGCUCACAACAGCCUGAAGAAUUUGUUUCUAGUUUGGAUAUUGUUUCUGUCUUAGUCAAACAUCUCCGACAUGUGUGGAAUAGGUUCGGUAACUUUGUCGAAGUCGACGAGGAGAGAAUAACGCUUGUUUUCCGAAUUCUUAGAUUCGCUGGAGAUAUACCGAACACAUCACGAAAUAGGCUAAGGCUUUUGUCUAUUCUCGAGCAAAUGGAAACUUACCAACUCUUGCCACUUAACAAGAUUAGCCCGGAUCAAUCCCUGAGUGUGUCAGAUGAUAUGCUACGACCGCAUCUCGCCGUUUACCCAGCAGCGUGGAACUGCUUGCCAUGUCUCCAGGCCAUAUGCGAGUCCGAUCCGUCGACCAUCCACGCUAAAUGCUUUUUUGCCCCAUUCGAUUCCCAGAGUUGGCGUCUGGAGGCUCUCUCACUCCUCGAGGUUGCUAUUUUUGGUGGCCCGGCCCGUAUAUCGUAG